UGCGUGUUUUGGGGUCGGUGCGUGUGUUUGGGGCGAUUGCGUGUUUUGGGGUCCGUGCGUGUUUUGGGGUCCGUGCGUGUUUUGGGGCGAUUGCGUGUUUUGGGGCCCGCGCGUGUUUUGGGGCGCGCGCGUGUGUUGGGGCGAUUGCGUGUUUUGGGGUCGGUGCGUGUGUUGGGGCGCAUGCGUGUGACAUGUCAGUAUCACAAUGAACCCACCGAAGCCUCUGCAUGUUAUCUAACACAUGAAAACACCGCAUUAAUUCAUUAUUCAACUAAAACUUGAGUCAAAGUGAAGACCAGACAAUGACUCCAGGUCACUGUGGACGUAUGAAGUUGAAACGAUUAACAAACAGCUGGAGACAAAAAAACAGUGUUACCAACAAUAUAUAAUCAGCUGAAGUGUGAACAUGUGAAAGAAGUACACAUUAUUUCAGCCACAUAUUGUUAAAGGUGAAAAUGAGCCUGUGUGUGUGUCUCUUCUCUCCUGCCGUUCCCCCCGGUGUGAUUUGUGAAUUUGUGUUUCCUCCAGGAGACCAACAACUCGUUUGUCUGGAGUCAAUCCGGGCUUCCGAAGGUGAAAACGUCACUCUCCGAUGUCACUCGCAUCCCAAACUCCACUUGGACGAGCAGACGGUGGAAGUGAGCAGAGACGACCUCCCCGGGAGGGACAACAUCGUCCACCUCUAUCGGGGCAGAAAGGAUGAUUUUGAGAACCAGAUGACUCGGUACAGAGACAGAACCAGUCUGGACCCUGAAGACCUGACCUCAGGAAAUGUCACGCUGAGGAUCUGCUCGGUAAACGAGUCGGACUCUGGACGUUUCGUGGUCUUUAUCCCAAAGCUGCACAUCCGGUUUGUCAUUAACGUCACCAUCAAAGCUAAAGACCCAAAGAUCCAGACGAAGAGUCGUGAUCCUACAAAUGUCCCUCCAACGUCGGACGACCCCGGUGCUGAGAAGAAGACGGAUGUCCGGAUCAUUGUUGGUUCUGUCCUCGGUGUCCUCGUUGUUGUUGUUGUUGUUGUUGGCUUUGUUCUUUUGAGGAAAUAUAAAGUAGUAGACAUUUGGAGGAACUUCAGAGGAAGGAGGCCAAACAACGAUGAACCGGGGACCAGACAGAUGGAGCAGGGAGAAGACUCCGAGUUGAUCGUCAACAACGACAAUUCAUCCGGAAAAUCCUCCAACAAGAUUUAUUAAGGACAAUUUUUGUGAUCCCUCUGGUUAAAAAGCAAA